AUGUACCUCAAGGAAGUCCUCUUGCCGGUCACGCACUACGACAUUAUAGACCGUCUGAAUGAACAGUACGCAAAAUUGCUGGCAUCUGGAGAGUACUACCCAUUCACCUAUCCCUUUGGAACUCUGGGCGCCUCGGUGGUAAUCCUCUACCUUCUUCUGGACCAUCGAUCACGGCCAUGGCUACGCAGAGCUCGUUUUGCCGCAUGGGCAUUUAUAACUGUCUUUGCAAUCUGGAACAUCAGAAGGUUUCGAGCACGUAACCCGGCCGCCGCAUUCGGUGUGGGUCUGAUCUCUGCCUGGUCGAUAUUGUGGUGUUUCAUGAUGCUGGUGGUCAAAGAUGUGCAGCAAGACUUUACAAGGAUCGAGAGGAAAGAAUCUCGUCUGGAUAUGAUUUCCUCAUCGGCACCACCACAGACUGCGGAGUCCAAUGGUCAUGCUAGUGGCAGUGCUUACAAGGACGGCUCAACCUUACACAGUCGCACGAGCAAGGUUGGCACCACACAGUCGCCAGCUCAGAGGACUGGCACGCUUGCCUGGCAAGGCUAUCCCUCGGCUCCAUUCAUUGAGCGUCUCGACUGGGUUGCAGACAUCUUCUCCAACUUUCGCGGCAUGGGUUGGAACUGGCGAAUCUCUGGACUGCCUUCACCACCGCUGUGGGCACAGGCACAACUCGCUGGUAACUCUGGUGCACCUCCACCGGAAGAAGAAGAAAAGAAGACUUUGGUCAGCCGUACUGGUGUCUAUCGCUAUCACGACAAAGCUUCUCUGCUCAAAACUAACUUCUGGAUUGUUUGCCGUGACAUUGUGAUUCUGGAUAUACUCAAGACUUUUAUCUCGCAUGACGCUUACUUCUGGGACGGCAAUGUCUCGGCAACACCGGACUACUUGCCAGCAUCUCUGCAGGCUUCUCCCGUCACUGUGCGAAGCGCUCGUCUGCUGCUCAGCUUGACCGCAGUUUACACAGCAUUACAAGCCAUCUUCGCUCUGGGUCCUCUUUUCUUCGUCGGCAUGAUUGGUCCCCGCUAUAUCGGCGUGAGAGGCGAACCCUGGAUGUAUCCCGAUAGCUUCGGCUCAUUCGACAACGUCCUCGACAAAGGACUCGCAGGUUGGUGGGGCGGCUGGUGGCAUCAAUCCUUCCGUUUCGCCUUCGAGGCUCCUGCGUCAAAAUUGAUGGAGAUUCUGAAGCUCAACCCUAAGUCAGCAGGUGGAAAAUUCUUAUCGCUGACUGUCGCGUUUGUGCUAUCUGGUGUAUUGCACGCUUGUGGCAGCUACACACAGUUGGGAUACACUUAUCCGCUUUCUGGCCCUUUCUUGUUCUUCAUCUCGCAGAUUGGAGGUAUAAGUGCUCAGCUGGCAAUCACUUCGCUUUUGCGUUGGCUCGGAGUGGUGCAACGAUCACCAAAGUGGCUACAACGUACAGCCAACUUUGUAUACGUACAUGUGUGGUUCUACUAUACCGCACCUCUGCUAUGCGACGAUUUUGCACGUGGCGGUAUCUGGCUCUUCGAACCGCUGCCUUUCAGCCCGCUCAGAGGGCUCGGCUUGGGCGGAAAGGGCGAUGGAUUCUGGUGCUGGUGGGGAGGCAUCGUUUGGUGGCACAAGGGAGACAGAUGGUGGACGACUGGUCUCGCUUUGUAA